CAUCAGAGAGAGAUAGCUCAUGGCGUGAAUCGCUAAUCAGCCCUGUGUGUGCCUCCACACGCGAAUCCCCGUGUAUUCUUUGGAGAAAGAUAGGCAGCGAAGGAAAGCUCUGUAAAAUUUAAAUGGCACUAUUAUUCCACUGACAGACAUAAGGCAAAGUGAAAAGAAAUGGCGGACACAGCGCAACGUCAGGUAGAAUUCAGUGACAUUUGGUUAAAAAAGAUGAAGACUGUCUUCCAUCGCUUCAGCGUAAAUAAAGACGGCAAGUUAAACCGCGAUGCCGGGAAGACAGCCUCUGCUCGAUACAUCUCUUCCAACGGCUUGAAGGGAGACCAGGCGCGUAGAAUACGCGAAAAAUGGCAGACCAUUCUAAUGAUGCUGACCACAAGAUUUACCGCCAUUAGUGAGGAACAAUUCAUCAAUAGUUUAAAGGAACAAAUUAACACCGACGCCUUUCGAGCUGUCCUGAAAGACGUUUGCACAAAUAAUUUCGACCUUAUUAAUGUCAACCAAAGAGGUAACAUCACCAAGGAAGAAAUGGCGUCCUGGUGUAAAUUCCUCGGUCAAGAUGAUGUGGAUUCUUUUUUUGAGGCUCUGGACACCAAGAAAGAUGGCGUAAUAACAGCAGACGAAUGGCAACAGGCCUGGAACGAGUUUUAUUUUUCCGAAGACGAGAGCAGUCUUUAUAACAAGUUAUUUGGACCACUGGCUGAAUGACAUGGAAACCGCAAUGAAUAAUUUGAAAUGUGAGCUUAUUACACGUACAAACCUUGGGAGAGAAUCACUGAUGGCGUGCUAUAUAAUGAGACCAACUUGUUCCAAAGAAACGCAUGCCAAUUUAAAUCGGUACGGAUGCGUAACUUUAUAAAGGUGCUAGAAACACAAUCCCCCAAAUGGCUAAGGACUGGUAAGCGCACGUCUUUUUUUGGCGAGGAUGUUCCACAAGAAUGAUUAUAAUGCCCUCAAUGGAAGACAGGCGUAGCUAUAUCACAGAACAAUAAAUUAUUCAAUAACAAUGUUUCUCUGAACCAUAUAUUUCGAUAUAGGCCUAUUACAAUAUGUCACUCUAUGUAUCACAAUAAGUGACAAUAAAAUAUAUAUACUGACUAA